GAAAGAAAACAUUUUCCUCUUCGCUCUUUUUUUUAUCAAUGAAAAUCAAAAUUACAAUAACAAAGUUUGAACUUGGAAUCUUGUGUCUACUAUACCGACUCUAAAGAUUCAUUUUCCUCUUCCCUAUUAUCCUUCUUUGAAGCUUAUUUUUAUCCGAGUAUUAGCAGGUCCUUCAACUCAUUUUAUGCAUUCUUUCCAUGAAGACAAAAAGGGGUCCAUAACAGUGCCUGUGAAAGCAGAACAUGCAGACCCCACAUCUGGAAAAGUCUUUUUGCAUGGUGCUUGCACAAACAAAGAUAUAAGCAUCUCGCAAAGUACUGAGUCUACAUCUGGGGUACCGCAGUACGUUGUGGAAAUAGUGAAUACGUGUGUUUCUCACUGUGCUCCAUACGACAUUCAUCUCCACUGUGGCUGGUUUGCUUCUGCAAGAGUAAUCAGCCCCACAUUGUUCAAGAGGCUCGCAUAUGAUGAUUGUUUGGUGAAUGGAGGGAAAGCUUUGGCCGCUAGUCAGAUCAUCAGAUUCACUUAUUCCAAUUCCUUCAUGUAUCCUCUUGCAUUCAAGUCUGCCAGAUUUUGCUGACUCCAGA